AUGUUUCGUUGCAGUUUCUGUUGUGCUGCUCACAUCUUAUUCUUGCAUUCACCUAGUGUCGAAGUGUUUGGUGGUGUCAAUAAUGGUUUGGACUCACGUCAGCUGUCGGAAUUUUGUGACGAGGCGGAGAUAUCGUUGAGGAAAUGCUAUUCAGUGAUGUGCCUUGCUGCCUGGAGGUGUUCAAUAGCAACCGCUAAGUUGCUUUUACAUAUCAACGAGAACCGUCUGAAAGAUUUGGCUCUUGAAAUAUAUUCACAUUUCCCUCAAAAGAAAAUACAUAAUAAACAAAGGAUUACUCUCAUGAAAAACUGA